UUAUGGAAGCUCUCUAUCUUGUCACAAAAUUUGGAGGGAAUUGAUCUACUACUAUUUGAGAAGAAUAGAUUCUUUGGUCUAACUCAGGUAUCUUCAGGAUUGGUCUAGCACAAGAAGUUGAUGGAUGGAGGAAAUCACUCUGUGGUGUCUGAAUUUUUGUUGCUGGGACUCACCAGUUCUUGGGAGAUUCAGAUUCUUCUUUUUUUGUUUCUUACUAUAUUUUACAUAGCAAGUAUGCUAGGAAACCUUCUCAUUGUGCUUACGAUCAUCUCAGACCAUCACUUACAUUCCCCCAUGUACUUUUUGCUGGCGAAUCUUUCCAUCAUUGACACGGGUGUUUCCAGCAUUGCAAGCCCAAAGAUGAUUUAUGAUCUUUUCAGAAAACAUAAAGUCAUCUCCUUGACAGGGUGCAUUACUCAGAUGUUCUUUAUUCACACUUUUGGGGGUACGGAGAUGGUGCUGCUUAUAGUCAUGGCCUAUGACCGAUACAUUGCUAUCUGUAAGCCCCUCCACUACCUAACCAUUAUAAGCCUAAGAAUGUGCAUUUCUCUUUUGGCUGUUGCUUGGACCAUUGGACUCAUCCAUUCUGUGGCCCAACUGGCUUUUGUUGUAAACUUGCCCUUUUGUGGUCCCAACAAAAUGGAUAGUUUUUAUUGUGAUUUUCCUCGGUUCAUCAAACUUGCAUGUGUAGACACAUACAGACUGGAAUUUCUGGUCACUGCCAACAGUGGUUUCAUCUCCAUGGGCACGUUCUUCAUCUUGAUUGUGUCUUACAUCUUCAUCCUGGUCACUGUUCGAAAACAUUCUUCAGGUGGUUCAUCCAAGGCCCUCUCCACUCUCUCUGCUCACAUCACUGUGGUGGUCUUUUUCUUUGGUCCUUGCAUUAUUGUCUAUGUGUGGCCAUUCCCUACCUUACCCAUAGAUAAAUUUUUAGCCAUCUUUGAUGCCCUUAUCACUCCUUUUAUGAAUCCUGUUAUCUAUACAUUCAGAAAUAAGGAGAUGAAAAUGGCAAUGAGGAGACUAUUUGGUAAGAUUCUAAGUUUCAGGAAGAGUUCUUUCAUGACCAAUCAAAGCCAUCCAGAUUCAUCUUGACUAUUCUUGAAAAUUAAUCUCUUUAAUUAAACUUUUCAUAAAUCCUUUCACUUUAGUUAGUAAUUUUAAUGUCCACUGUGAAGAUUCUCAAGGACUCUGUUCUGAUCUGGUCAGUUUUUCAUAAGGACUCUUACCCUGUGGAUCCUGGAAGUAUUGAGGAAGAGUGAAUUCAGCCUUUAAAUGUAGUGUCUUUCUUGUUUAUUAUAGAAGAAUAUGAAAUCUCACAUACUGGGCACAUUUUCCAUUAAAACAAAAUGUUGGAUACUCUUCUCUUUGGUAGUGAUUCUCAAAGACGUAUCUCUUCUAAUCUAUAUGUGUAUUGAUAUUCAUGCCCUCUGAGUUUCUUGUGUUUAUAUACUUGGAGGAAUACACAAAAUGAAGACAGUUGCUUAGGUAGCUUUCAGAAUUUGAGGCUUCUAACAUGUGGAUUUGACUAUCCACGCUCAGAUUUAGUUAAUAUUAAGGUUUUUAUUUAAAAAAAAUUUUUUUUUAAGUAGAACCCAUGGCUAGCAUGGAGUCCAGUGUGGGGCUUGAACUCACAACCUUGAGAUCAAGACCCGAGCUGAGAUCAAAAGUUGGACACUUAACUGACUGAGGCACCCGGGUGCCCCAAUACUGAGGUUUUUAGAUUUAGUUGGGAUUGGAAGGUCAAAUUUGGGAUAAAUCAUAGAGUGACAACUCAGGAAACUUUAAUAUUAUUAUUUAAUCCAAUGUUUUGAGACCAGAAGUUGUAAAUUCCUAUACCACUCAGUGUGUAUCAUAAUUAUAUUUUACCCCAAUUAUUUCCUAAAUAAUUUUUAUAUGGUAAAGGAAACUAUGUGAAUAUUAAAAGAUUAUAAAUGGAUUGAAUAUUUUGGAUCUAAGGAUAGGUGGCACUGGUUUAUAAAUAAAUAAAUAAAAUGCAAAAGAUUUCUACAUUAUAUGAAUCAGGUUUAUAACUAAAUAAAUAGCAAAUACAAAGUGUAGACAUUACAGAAGAAAAUUUAUUACAAAGCUGUCUACAAAUGAAGAGAUAUAUUAAUGAACUGUCUAUAAUGAAGAAAUGUAUUAAACUUUCCAUGUGAUGAAAUAUAUUACAUAUAAUUAUUUAAAAAAUAAAUAUACUGUUCAGAAGUGGUAUAAAUAAUUAUCCAAAGACUAUCUCACUAUUUUUUCUGUGUUACCAAAUAGGAGUGGGUGUUGAGUGAAGGCAUUAUUAUUCAUGUGUGGGCUAGGCGACUUGUUAUGAAUGAGCAGUGGGGAGGGGCAGAGAAAAAGAGAGAGUGUGAGAGAGAGAGUAGCAGACUCCCUACUGAGAAGGAAAGCAGGGCUCAUCCUACUGCACUAUUUAAUCCCCUUCACUUAUUUCAUCCAUUCCAACCCCAUCGCCUGUCUGGUAACCAUCUGUUUGUUCUCUAUGGUUAAGAGUCUGUUUCUUGGUUUGUCUGUCUGUCUGUCUCUCUCUUUCAAACAUUUUAUCUAUUUCAUAUAAGUUGUUAAGUUUACUGGCAAAAAGUUGUCCAUAAUAUUCCCUAUUCUUGUAAAACCUGUAGGAUCUGCAGUAAUGUAUCCCCUUUCAUUCUUUUUUUUUUUUUUUUUAAUUUUUUUUUUUAAUUUUUUUUUUCCCCUUUCAUUCUUGAUAUUGGUAAUUUUCUCUUUCCUUUUUCUUUUUUUUUUCUGAUCAGUAUGGUGAGAAGUUUAUCAGUUCUGUUGAACUUUUCAGACACAAGCUUUUGAUUUUACUGAUUUUGUCCUUAUUUUUCUCUUUUCUAUUAAUAAUACUCUUUUCUUUAUUAUUUCUGUUUACCACUUACUCUGGGUUUUUUUUUUUUUUUUAAGAUUUUAUUUAUUUAUUUGAGAGAGAGAGCAUGAGCAGGGGGAGGGGCAGAGGGAGAGAGAGAAGAAGACUCCCUGCUCAGGGAGCCCAAUGUGGGGCUUGAUCCCAGGACGCUGGGAUCAUGACCUGAGAUGAAGGCAGACGCUUAACUGACUGAGCCACCCAGGUUCCCUGGUCAUGGUUUUCUUAUCUCACUAGUGACUGUUAGGAUUGUUACAUCUUUUAUCUGCUGUUUAUUCUACUUAGUGAAAUUUUCAUUUCAGGUAUUUUGUUUUUUAUUUUUUCAGAAUCAAUAUACAGAAUUCUGUUGCAUUUCUAUGCACUAUUAACAAAAUAGUAGAAAGGAAAAUUAAGAAAAAAAAUCCCAUUUACAAUUGCAUCAGAAAAGAAAAUGCCUAGGAAUAAAUUUAGCCAAAGAGAUGAAAGACCUGUAUUCUGGAAAGCGUAAGACAUUGAUGAAAGAAAUCAAAGAUGACACAAACAAAUGGAAAGACACUCCAUGCUCAUGGAUUGGAAGAAUUAAUGUUGAAAUGGCCAUACUACCUAAAACAAUCUACAGAUUCAGUGAAAAUCUCUAUCAAAAUAUCAAUGGUAUUUUUCACAGAAAUAGAACAAAAAAAAUCCUAAAAUUUGUAUGAAAUCACAAAAUACCCAAAUAGCCAAAACAAUCUUGAGAAAAAGGAACAAAGCUGGAGGUAUCACAAUCCCAGAUUUCAAGAUAUACUACAAAGCUGUAGUGAUCAAAACAGUAUGGUCCUGGCACAAAAAUAGACAAAUCAAAGAACAGAAUUAAGAGCCCAGAAAUAAACUCACACAUACAUGGUCAACUAUUUCAGACAACUUUCGUAUGUUAGAUAUAUGUAAACUUUGUCAUUUAAGUAGCAAAUAUUUUCCCAUUGUUUAUGGUGGUUUUGGCAAUACAAAGGUUCUUAUUUUUAUAUUGUAAAAUUUAGCUAUCUUUUCUUUCUGCAUUUGGAUUUUGAGUUAUAAUUAGAAAUGUUUUCUCAGGUUAUAGAGAAAUUCACUCUUGUUCCUUCUAAUACCUGUGUGUCUUCAUUUAAAAAUAUUUAAACCUCUGCAUCAUUUGGAAGUUAUCUUACUAUAUAGCAUCAGAAAUGGGACUAACAUAACCAUUUCUACAUGUAGUUUUCUAGUUUCCUCAAGUCAUUCGUUAAAAUGUCCAUAUAUUUUCCACUGAUUUGAAAGAUCAUCUUUAGUGAAUACUAAAUUUCCAAUUGCAGUUGGGAAUGUUUCUGUAUUUUCUAUUAGGUCCCAUUAAUCUAUCUGUCUAUUCCUUUAAUUUUUAUUUACAGAGGCUUUUAAUAUAUUUUAAUAUCUGUUAGAGAGUCUUUCCUCCUCCUCCUCCCCAUGAUUUUCCCUUUUAAGAUUACUUAAUGAUUCUUGUUUUUUUUUUGAUCUUUGAAACGAAACUUAUAAUCAAUUUAUCUAGCUCGUGAAAAAGGCUUGAUGAUAUCUGUAUUGAGAUCACAUUACAUUUAGGGAUUUACCUAGGGAAAAUUGAAAUUCUUGUGUUUUUCUUUUACAUAUGUUUUUCUGUCAAAGUGUUUCCCACUUUAAAAUUAUACUCUUAAAUCUCACAGACAUUUCUGGUCUCCUCCCAUCUCCAACUAUCUAUUAAAGGUUUAGAGGAAAUGUGAAAUUAAAAUACUAAUGCUUCUAGAGCUGGUUAGAGGGAAAGAUUUAAUAAAAGAAACUCUUUGGAAUAAGUAUUCUCUCUUAUUUUUUAAAUAAACAUUCUUGAACAUGAAAUUUAUAUCAAAAAAUUAGAUAAGGUUAUUCAAACAUUCACUUCCUCUUCCUAGAUGUAAGAAAAUUUACCUUUUUCUUUUGUAUUCACUUGUAAGUACUAAUAUAAAGUAUUAUCUCUCAUUGCCCCCACUUCCUUUCUUUUUUUUUUUUUUAAAGAUUUUAUUUAUUUAUUUGAAGAGAGAGACACAGCAAGAGAGGGAACACAAGCAGGGGGAGUGGCAGAGGGAGAAGCAGGCUUCCCGCAGAGCAGGGAGCCUGAUGCAGGACUUGAUCAGUGAGCCACCCAGGUGCCCCUGAAUCUGUCUUAAACCACGAACAGGUCUCAGACUUCUUUUAUUUUCAGUUUACCUAUUUUUUAAUAGUUUUAUUUUAAUUCCAGUUAGUUAACAUAGAGUGUUAUAUUAGUUUCAGACUUCAUUCAGGAAUUUACUUUGUUCUUCUACCUUCACUUUUCUUCCGAUGCUACUUUGGACUUCUUUAUUUGUAAAAUAUAUAUUUAUUAGGAUAAUUACAGGUUAAGACCUUAGCUUAACCAAGUAAGAGAUAUUUCUUUUUGUCAAAAUUAGCCUUGGGCUUAUGAUUGUUGUAUGUAUGAAAUUGUUUCUUUUCCCUCUUGAUAAGUUUUGUUUAUACUUCUCUUUCUCCUCGUGACCUCAUAGAAUGCUCCUUUGGAUAUCAGCCUUGCAAAUAUUAUGUGAUUCUUUGACUUUCUAUUUGAUAUAUGGAAACUUAGAUGUGCAAUCACUCCAAAUAAAAUUCAGUACAGGAUUUAUCAUCACCUUACUUGCUCUUAACUGUGCCAUUUACAAGCCUGGUUGAAACUUCAUAGCUCCUCUCUCAUCCAAAAUGUUCUUACUGGCUUUUUAAAGCCCAUUCAUCAUUUUGUCCUACUUUUACCACCUCCACCAUCACCAACAUUUAUUGAGCAUUUAUGUGGCGGGUACUCUCUUACGUUGUUAACAUACACUAAUUUAUUUAAUACAGCAAUCAGGUAGGUAAUAUUAUCAUUCUUAUUUUAUAGAUGAUUUAACUGAGGCACAGAAAGAUAUACUAACUAGCCCAGGGACAAAGAGGUGGUAAGUGGUAAAGCUUGGUUGCAAAACCACACAGCUUCUUCUCCAGUAUCCCUGCUCUUAAUCACACUUCCAAGUUGGUGGGUGUCUCUCACCUGUCCUUCUAAAAUCUGAACAUAUUUUUUCUCUCUCUACUUAAUAACAAAAUAAAUAUAAAACAUGCAUCAAUUCAAUAAAAUAUGUUUUUGUGUCCUGUCUUUUAAAUCUAUCAUUAAAAAUAUCCAUCUAUUUACUGUUCAAAGGGGCUGAGACUCAGAGGUGAUUUAUAUAAUAAAAUAACUUUAUAACUCCCUUAUAUUCAAACAAAAUUAUGCAUGAGUGGAGGGCACUGCACCAUCUACUCCUCCAAGAUAGUCUAUGACAGAGUCAUGUUAUUUGAGGAGAAAACUGAAGCCUGAGUGGACACCUCCUGGGGUUCCUUCCUUCUCACAGAGCCAGACACUUUGCAGUUGUCCAGGCAGAGGAUGAGCCAAUUUUAAUAAGACUGUUCUACUGAAAGCUGAAAAUAACUUAACAAAUGAUAAACUAUUUACUGAUUCUAUACCAUUAGGCUCCUCCAAAGUACUUGAACAAGAACUUAAAGAAAAAAAAAAGAACACUAAACUUCAAGUACAGCUCUUUCUGGCAUACACAAAGCUUCCUCUUAGUUAACUAGUAUGAGGUUGUUUUGAGGUGGUUUCUGCAACACACUAGUAGGUAUCAAAAUAAAAGAUGUCUAUAUUUUAACAGUUAGUGGACAGGGAUUUAUUUUUAUUCAUUUUCCCAACUUUAUUAAGGUAUGAUGACAAAUAAAAAUUGUACACAUUAAAUUGUACAAUGUGAUGGUUUGAUCUAUGUACCCAUUGUGAAGUGAUUACCUCCCAAUCAGUUAAUUAACAUAUCCAUCACCUUACAUAGUUAAACCCCUCCUUUUUAUGUGAGGACACCUACAAUCUACUCUCCUAGCAAAUUUCAAAUAUACAAUAUAUUAACUGUAGUCAUCAUGGUGUACAUUAGGUCUAAGGAACUUAUUCAUUUAGUAACUGAAAGCUUGUACUCUUCGACUAAUAUAUCCCUUUCAG